CUCUUCCUCACUCACUCACUCUUCUCUUCUCUGUCUGUCUGUCUGUCUCCCCCUCUGUUCCUCUCUCUUCCUUCACCUAUAUAUCCCUCGCCUUUCGCCGUCUCCCCCCCAACCACAAACAUGGAUCUCUCGGCGAGGUGUUUGCUUCUUUUAUCAUGUCUUGGCGUGAUAUUGGCGAUCGAUCUGGAAGCGAUCGAUCCGGGCUACUAUGUGGAGACUGCUGCCACAUCAGAGACGAUCGACUACAAGGAUCCCUGUAAAGCUGCUGCCUUUUUGGGGGACAUUGCUUUGGAUGAGGAGGACCUGCGAUCCUUUAAAGUGGACAGAAUAAUAGAUUUGGCUCAGAGAACCGUUCAGAUCGUCAAUCAUACCGAUACAGGAUCUGCCAAUCACCGUAAUCUAAGUAGGCAAGGUUCACACCGGAAAAGAAGGGCCGCCACCUCCAGACCUGAGCGUGUUUGGCCUGACGGCGUCAUUCCCUAUGUCAUCAGUGGUAACUUCAGCGGCAACCAGCGGGCUAUAUUCCGCCAAGCCAUGCGGCACUGGGAGAAGCACACCUGUGUAACCUUUAUAGAGAGGACCCAGGAGGAGAGCUAUAUUGUCUUCACCUACCGACCAUGUGGGUGUUGUUCUUAUGUUGGCCGCCGUGGAGGGGGCCCCCAGGCCAUAUCCAUUGGCAAGAACUGUGAUAAAUUUGGGAUUGUGGUGCACGAGCUGGGUCAUGUGAUUGGCUUCUGGCACGAACACACACGACCUGACCGAGAUGAGCAUGUCAGCAUUAUCAAGGACAACAUUCAACCAGGACAGGAGUAUAACUUUCUGAAGAUGGAGCCGGGGGAGGUGGAUUCUUUGGGAGAAGUCUAUGACUUUGAUAGCAUCAUGCACUAUGCCAGGAAUACAUUCUCCAGAGGCAUCUUCCUGGACACCAUCCUACCUCGCUAUGAUGUGAACGGAGUGCGACCACCUAUUGGCCAGAGAACCAGACUCAGCAAAGGGGAUAUUGCACAGGCACGCAAACUCUACAAAUGCUCCAGAUGUGGAGACAGUCUUCAGGACAGUAGCGGGAACUUCUCCUCUCCUGGCUUCCCUAACGGAUACUCGGCCUACAUGCACUGCAUCUGGAGAAUAUCAGUCACACCAGGAGAGAAGAUCAUUUUGAACUUCACCUUCAUGGAUUUGUACAGGAGCCACUUAUGUUGGUAUGACCAUGUAGAGAUCCGAGAUGGAUAUUCGAGGAAGGCACCACUCAAAGGCCGUUUCUGUGGUGAUAAGCUACCUGAGCCAAUCAUUUCCACUGACAGUCGACUGUGGAUUGAGUUUCGCAGCAGCAGCAACUGGGUUGGAAAAGGCUUUUCCGCUGUUUACGAGGCCAUCUGUGGUGGUGAGGUGAAGAAACAAUAUGGUCAGAUUCAGUCUCCCAACUAUCCUGACGACUACAGACCCAAUAAAGUGUGUGUAUGGAAGAUUUCUGUCAAUCAAGGCUACCAUGUGGGCCUGACCUUCCAGUCUUUUGAAAUUGAGAGACAUGACAGCUGCGCGUAUGAUUACUUAGAGGUUCGUGACGGGCUCUCUGAAAACGGCCCUCUACUGGGUCGCUUCUGCGGCUAUGACAAGCCAGAUGACAUUAAAAGCAGCUCCAACCAUCUGUGGAUGAAAUUUGUAUCAGAUGGCUCUGUCAACAAGGCUGGCUUUGCUGCUAAUUUUUUCCAAGAGGUGGAUGAGUGCUCCAAGCCAGACAACGGUCACUGUGAGCAACGCUGUGUCAACACACUAGGCAGCUACAAGUGUGUGUGUGACCCAGGCUAUGAGCUGGCUGCUGACAAGAGCAGCUGUGAGCCCGCCUGUGGAGGCUUCAUCACCAGGCUGAAUGGCUCCAUCACCAGUCCAGGGUGGCCCCGAGAGUACCCCCCAAAUAAGAACUGCAUCUGGCAGCUGGUCGCCCCCACGCAGUACCGCAUCACUCUGCUCUUUGACGUCUUUGAGACUGAGGGCAAUGACGUUUGUAAGUAUGACUAUGUGGAGGUACGCAGUGGACUCUCAGCGGACUCCAAGCUGCACGGGAAGUUCUGUGGAACGGAGAAACCAGAAGCUAUUACUUCUCAGUAUAACAACAUGCGCAUUGAGUUCAAAUCAGACAACACAGUUUCCAAAAAGGGCUUUAAAGCACAGUUCUUCUCAGACAAAGACGAGUGCUCUAAGGAGAACGGCGGCUGUCAGCACGAGUGCGUCAACACCUUCGGGAGCUACAGCUGUCAAUGUAGGAGUGGCUUUGUACUACACGAGAACAAACACGACUGUAAAGAAGCUGGCUGUGAUCACACUGUGAACAGCGUGAAUGGUGUCAUUACCAGCCCCAACUGGCCAGAUAAAUACCCCAGCAAGAAAGCAUGCACCUGGGCUCUCACCACUACUCCAGGCCACCGCAUCAAAAUCGCGUUCAUUGAGAUCGAUAUGGAGGCCCACUUGGAAUGUGCUUAUGACCACAUAGAAAUUUACGACGGGCGAGAUGCGAAAGCGAAAUCCCUCGGUCGCUUCUGUGGCACCAAGAAACCCCCACCCAUCACAUCAAACAGCAACAAGUUGUUCAUUCGCUUUUUCUCUGACAACUCUGUGCAGAAAAAAGGGUUUGAGGCUUCUCAUUCUGCCGAGUGUGGAGGUCGUCUGAGUGCUGAAGUCAAAACCAAGGACCUGUUCUCCCACGCUCAGUUUGGAGACAAUAACUACCCUGGUGCCUCUGACUGUCAGUGGGUGAUUUCGGCUGAGAAAGGCUACGGCGUCGAGCUCAUCUUCCAGACCUUUGAGAUUGAGGAAGAGGCAGACUGUGGCUACGACUACAUGGAGCUAUUUGAUGGAGCCGACACCAAAUCUCCACGGCUGGGGCGUUACUGCGGCUCAGGGCCUCCGGAGGAGAUUUACUCGGCCGGUGACUCCAUUGUGAUCAAGUUCCACUCUGAUGAUACAAUCAACAAGAAAGGUUUUCACGUCCGCUACACCAGCACCAAGUUCCAGGACACACUGCACUCACGCAAGUGACCAGCGGGGGCCGGAAGGGGUCGUGCAGGGCAAAGGGGCAAACGGAGGGGUAGCCAGGGGAGGCGCCAGCCUGAUGCUCGGAUUCCUUCGGCCACCAGUAUGUAUCAGACACGACAGAACAACCGCAAGACCACCAACCGCACCUCAGCUCCUAGGGGCUCUAGCUCCCCCCACAGACUGUGAGGAGUAAAGCCAUUCUGCAGUUCACCUUGUUUUUACCUUUUUAUGGUUAGGACUGGGGUGGGAGGGUGAAUGCCCGAUUUAGACAGUAGGGGGAAUUUUAUUGACCCAGUCACCUUCAGAUAUAUAUUUUUUUUGAUUGAUUCUUCUACUACUUCUUUUGGGUUUUUUAACAUGCCUCCUAAUAAGAGGCAAAAAAAGGAAAACAGUGGAUUCUCAGGACCUGUUAGAAAGGCAGGCAUCAGCUGGACAGAUCCCUGCUUUUGUCGAGCCAGCCCACCACAUCCAGGGGUAGGAGGGGAAGAGGAGGAAGAGGAGGAAGAGGAGUACGGGAACAUCUCCUGCACUCCUCAAUUAUUGCUCCCCGCUCCUCACACCGUCAUCCCUUUGGUUCAAGGAUUCCUGUCUGUAGGAGGAUUACAAGGACUUGACUUGAGAUUUUUGAUACUGUUUGUCAGUCAAUUGCAUGUAAUUACAAGGAAAGAAGGAAAACUGUACAGUGACAACACCAGCAUUUGUAAUUGGUAAUUGUCCUGGCAGCCAGUGGCAAGAUUCUCACUGUUACCAUUAACAAGGAAAUUUAAGGAAGCAGUUAUCUUAUUAAAAGACUAAUAAAUGAAAUGUGGUCCAUGUCGUCUGGUUGGUAAUUGCUUGCCUGACUGGCUAUUACUGUACCUCCAUGUAUAAAGUAAUGUGUUUGAUCUUUCAAAGGGAACAUGUGCUUUUCUCAGCUCGGACCAGUUAGCACUUUACAGUGAAUUGUUCCAAAAUCAUGAGCUUAUGAAAUUUUGUGAAAUGCAAUGCCAGAUCACUUAUUUUUAAAUGCAUUUUAUCUCUCUUAUUCUUCUGUUUUGUUUAUUUUUGUUUUUUGUUUUUUUAAUUGCUCCAUCAUGUUCCUCAGGCAUACUUGAAUAUUGUGUGCCCUGCAACAUGGGGUAAAAUAAAAAUAUGACUUAUG